AUGGCUACUGAUUUUGAAUGCUUGAAAUGGAAUACAACAAGUUUCAAACCAUCCAAUGUUUUGGACCAAACAGAAUACACUUUAGCGCUGAAACCGUCACAUUGGUUAAACCUGAAGACAAAGGGCCACUCAAUUAAACUGUCAUAUUUAGGAUUGACACAAAGAUUAGCAUCUUUAGACAAUCUGAAUAAUUUAUAUGUUUAUGAUUGGUCCAGAGCUGAUUUAAAAACUAUAAAGACAAAAUAUGAACAUAAUAGUAAACUUACAAAUUUGACAAGCAAUUCUUUAGGAAAUCAAAUAGUUACAUGUUCAGAUAAUGGAAAAAUUCAAAUAUGGAACCAUAAAUUGUCAAGCUGGAAGAUUUUAGCUGAAUUCAGGGGUCAUUAUCAGUGUGUACGGAAUGUUCAGUAUUCUGUCGACAAUAAUUAUUUAAUAUCUUGUUCAAAUGAUAAAACAUUUAAAAUAUGGGAUUGUCAAUGUAAUAAGUUUUUAGCUAGUAAUAUGUUUCAUCGUAAUUGGGUGAAUAUAGCAAAGUUUUUCAAAGAAGACAAACUUGUGGUUUCCUGUUCAAGAGAUUCGUAUGUACAAAUUUUUGAUUGUUGUUCAGGAAAAUGUGUUGCAAAGUACAACUUGAGUCCAGAUUUUGCAGAAUCACUUUCACUAAAAGAAGAGUUCUCAAUAGCGGUGGGUACAAACCAAGGGUCUGUACAAAUUUUUGAUUUGAGAGCUUUAAAAGUUUUACAAAAAUACAAUGAACAUACGAGUCAAGUAAAUUGUGUUCAAUUUCAACAUAAGACUCCGUGUUUGGUAUCCGUUUCAAAAGAUAAAAAAUUAAAUGUUUACGAUACUAAUGAAGGAAGAUUUUUGUAUUCAAUUGAUCACUUCAAUGAAAUAAGAUCAAUGAAUAUUUCUUUGGACGAUAAAUUACUUGCAACAACAUCGUUUCAUUUUGAAAAUGAGAUUACUUUAUGGACAACUGAGACACUGUAA